GUCGGCAACGGGCGCCUGGGCGGCCAUGGAGCGCUGGGCGUGGCGGGCGCUGCCGUGGCUGGUGGCGGGCGCCUGCGGCCUGGCCGUGCUGGGCUACUGCCUCUACUUCGACCACCGGCGCCGCAGCGCGCCCGACUUCAAGCGGAGGCUGAGGGAGAAAAGAAGAAAAGAGUGUGAAAAGGCAAAAAAGCAGGAUGCAGAGUUACGUGAAAUGAAAGAUUCUGCAAAGCUACAAGAGUUCUUUCUGGAAGAGAUACAGUUGGGACAGGAGUGGCUGGCAAGAGGAGAACACAACAAGAGCAUCGAACACCUUUCCAAUGCCAUUGCCGUGUGCACACAUCCAAACCAGCUAAUGCACGUCUUGAAGCACACUCUACCCCCCCAUAUAUUUGAGAUGCUUCUGCACAACAUUCCAUACGCAGUGCAACGGCUUGAGACAGCCCUGAGUGACCAGGAUCCUACUGUUGAAUGAGAAUGUGGCGUCACACGAGGCUACUCUUAAGGCAGGACCUUAUGACAGCCUAUGAGACUUCAUUUCGAAAGACUCUCGGUGAAAACAGUAAUUUCAAUUUAUUUUACUUUGAUUAAAUAAAAAAUAAACCUUGCUUUAGACA